AUGGCCACGGCGGCGGUAGCCUCGCCCGCAAACGGCCUACAGCGGACCUUUCACGGCUGCUCUAGCAUCAGGGAAUACGAUGUUCAGCGCAAGCUGGGAGAAGGCACGUUUGGCGAGGUGCAUAAGGCGCGCUCUCGACGUACUGGCGCGGUGGUCGCGCUCAAGAAAAUCCUGAUGCACAACGAGAAAGAUGGCUUCCCCAUCACAGCCCUGCGCGAAAUCAAGCUCCUCAAGAUGCUCUCCCACGUCAACGUCCUGAGGCUCGAAGAGAUGGCCGUGGAGCGGAACAAGGGCGAGGGAAGGAAGCGUGCCGUUCUUUACAUGGUCACGCCGUACAUGGACCAUGACCUCUCGGGCUUGCUGGAUAAUCCGGAAGUCCGCUUCACGGAACCGCAGAUCAAGUGCUACAUGCUCCAGCUCCUCGAAGGCCUCCGUUAUCUGCACGACAGUCACAUCUUGCACCGCGACAUGAAAGCCGCUAACCUCCUCAUCAACAACCGCGGCGUCCUGCAAAUCGCCGACUUCGGUCUAGCAAGACACUACGACGAGCCGGUCCCCCAGCCAGGCAAAGGCGGGGGCGAGGCACGUCGCGAAUACACUUCAUUAGUCGUCACGCGCUGGUAUCGUCCGCCGGAGCUUCUCCUCUCCCUCAAGCGUUACACCACCGCGAUCGACAUGUGGGGCGCGGGCUGCGUUUUCGGCGAGAUGUUCAAGCGCAAGCCCAUCCUAGCCGGAACCUCUGACCUAAACCAAGCGCAGAUCAUCUUCGACCUCGUCGGCUCUCCCACCGACGAGAAUAUGCCCGGCUGGCGCGAGCUUCCCGGCUGCGAGCAGGUCAAGAACUUCGAGUACCGGCGCGGCAACCUCGCCCAGGUCUUCCGCGAACAAGGGUCCUCGGCCAUCUCGCUCCUCCAGGAGCUCCUGAAGCUCGACUGGCGCAAACGCAUCAAUGCCAUCGACGCCCUCAAGCAUCCGUACUUCCGCAUGGAUCCGCUGCCCGCUAGACCAGAGGACCUCCCGCGCUACAGCGACUCGCACGAGCUCGACCGGCGCACCGCCCGUGGCCAGAAAGCAGCGCUCCCGCCUGCACCGGCAGGCGGGACAGUGGGCAUGGGACCAGACCAGCAGUGGACCGGCUCCGGACCUCCCGCCAAUGGCGCCGGGCCCUGGGUCAACGGUGACGGCCGCCCGCCUCGCGCCUGGCAGGACCGCGGUCCCCCGGGUACCGGUCCACCACCAAGCGGCAUGCGUGGCGGCUACGACAGCAGGGUCCCGCACGCAGCGUACGAUUCUCGAGGCGCGCCGCCUCCGCCGCCGAGACGCCAACCGUGGGCUGGAGACGGAGUGCCACAGGGACAUGGCAGGGGACUCCCGCCGCCGCCUGGAGAUGGGAGCAGGCAUCCGCUGCCGCCGCCGCCGCCGCCGCAUGUGCCACCGCCUGCGUACCGUGAGCGACCUGCUGGCAAUGCGCCGCCCGUCAAUAGGGGCAAUGUGGAUACGUACAUCCCGAGCUACUCUGAUGGUGGUGCGGGCGGGAGGAGGGGCUCCGGUGAUCGGGAUGCGAGACCGGGAUUCAGGCCGGAUGAGCGUGGUCGGGUUCCUGGACGGAGGGACGAGCGGUUUGAUCGUGACAGGGAGCGCGAGAGGGGUGGUCCGGGUGGGGGGCGGGCGCUGGAUUAUGGUGGUGGUGGUGGUGGGAGGGAGCGAGAUCGGAGGAGCACGAGGAGUAGGAGCCCGGUGGAUGCGGAUCGGAGGAGGGAUAGGGAACGGGAUGGGUACAGGCGCUAG